AUGGAGACUCAAACACCACAUCCACCAAAUUCAUUGGAUAAUGCCAUUCCAAUUACUACAACCUCUGUAAUUGGUGAGAAUGGUAAACAUCUGCUACUUCCCAACCAUAUGUUUUAUAUAAAAAAGCAAAUACUUUUAAAACUAUCCUAG